AUGCUUCACUUUGCAAGAGCGGCGGACGGCGAUGCCGUUAGCCCGCCUCUGCCACAGGCAGCAGGUUAUGUCGUUGUGAUUGCAAUUGGGUUCCUAAUUGCCUUUAUCAUGAUAUUUACAACACACUUAUUGAAGAAGACUGUUGGAGAAGACAACAAGACCACGGAAAUGUUCAUGACGGCCAACCGGUCUGUCGGAAGCACCCUUGUAGGGUACAACUUUGGUGUUGCGGGACCAUUUUGGUUUGCUGCUGGAUGCUCACCCAUGAUUGUUUUCUUUGCUCUACUUGGCAUUGCUUGCAAACUGCGCGUACCUGAAGCUCAUACGCUACUUGAAAUUGUAAGAAUACGGUACGGUACAGCUGGACACAUUGUGUGGAUUGCACUAUGCUUAAUCAACAACAUCAUCGCGAUUGCCAACAUGCUUCUUGGGGCAAGUGCAGCUAUAACGGCUCUCACUGGAAUGCAUAUUAUUGCGGCAACCUUUUUGCUUCCUGUCGGCGUCAUUCUUUACACUUUCGUCGGCGGUAUCAAAGCAACUUUCUUGACAGAUUAUUUUCACACUUUUGUUAUUACCGUCAUCAUCUGUUUCUUUACGAUCAAGACUUUUACCGUUCCAGAGAUUGGGUCUCCUGCUGGACUCUUCGAGCUCAUUGUCAAGGCUGGUCAAGAUCAUCCCGUGCCUGGCAAUGAAGGUGGUUCAUAUUUGACCAUGACCAGCAAAAAUGCUAUUCUUUUUGGCAUCAUUCACAUCUUGGCCAAUUUUGGUCUUGUCAUCAUGGACACCGGCUUCUUCGCAAAAGCUUUCAGCGCUGCUCCUCAGGCGGUUGUUCCCGGAUACAUCGUUGGUGGCAUUGCCUAUUUCGCAAUCCCAUGGUGUCUUGGCACUUUAAUGAGCUUCUCAGCUCUUGGUUUGGAGAACACAGCACGGUUCCCGACAUACCCUCGGAGAAUGACUCCAGAAGAAGUCUCCAAUGGACUAGUGAUGCCUUAUGCCGCGUUUGCGAUUGCUGGAAAGGGAGGAGCCGUUGCCGUUCUGUUAGUCACUUUUAUGGCCGUUACAUCAACAAUCAGCGCCCAAGUCAUCUCUGUAUCUUCUAUCAUCAGCUUUGACAUCUAUCGCCAAUAUUUUAACAAGGCCGCUACAGACAGGGAUGCAAUUCGAUGGAGUCACAUUGGAGUCGUAUUCUUUGGAUUGUUUUCAGCAGCCUUCUCAACUGCUCUUUUCUACGGAAACGUGAAUCUCGGCUGGACAUUGUACAUGCUCGGCGUUUUGACUUGUCCCGGAAUCUUCCCUACUGUGUUCACUAUUCUCUGGAAAAGACAAUCCUGGGCCGCUGCUAUCAUAUCGCCAUUACUGGGAAUGGCUACUGGCAUUGCUGUUUGGCUCGGCUCAGCACAUGCUCUAUAUGGUGAAGUCACUGUGGCUUCGACUGGGCAAAGUUUGCCCUGCGUUUACGGAACUGUGGCAUCGGCGCUAAGCCCUGCACUCUAUUCUAUUGUCAUCUCCCUCAUUAAGCCCGCCAAUUAUGACUGGGCAGACUUCCGAAAAGAGCGAUUGGCUUUCAACUACUCAGAAGAUGCGGCCAAAUUUUCGAAAUGGGGAAAAAUUGCUGCUUUCUGGGCAGCUGCAACGUUCUUAGGUCAUUGGGUUCUGUGGCCCCUUCCUAUGUAUGGUUCAAAAUACAUUUUCGAGAAAGGAUUUUUCGUUGCCUGGAUCGUUGUGGCGAUUAUAUGGGUUUGGUGCACCAUGCUUAUUGCUGGAUUUUAUCCCAUCAUUGAUGGCAGAAGGCAGCUGCUCCUGGUGUAUCGCGGAUUGAGAGGAAUAAAAACGGUGGAUGAUGAUGCCGAAAGCGGGACAGAAACACCAAACAGUGGGAUACUAGAAAACAAAUAG